CCGCCGCCGCCGGGGCCCCGUGGCCGGUUCCCGGUGCCCCGGGAUGGCCACGUCGGUGCUGGCCGGGCUCUGCCUCGCCGCCACCCUCGCCAUGUUCGCCACCGGCCUGAGGCCGCUACCCCCUGCUCUCCCCAGGUCUGACCUGCGCCAGAUGUUGGCAACCAAGAGUGUGGAGAACAUCCAGUUCCUGCCCUUCCUCACCACCGACGCCAACAAUGUGGGCUGGCUGGGCUAUGGCUGCCUGAAGGGGGACGGGACACUCAUCACCGUCAACGCCAUCGGGGCGGCACUGCAGACCCUCUACAUCCUGGUGUAUCUCUACUACAGCCCUGCCAAGCGCCCCGUGCUGCUGCAGAUCCUGCUGCUCCUGGCCGUGGUGGUCACCGGCUGCGGCUACUUCGCCCUCCUGGUGGACACGGGGACGCGCCUGGGGCGCCUGGGGCUCUUCUGCAGCGUCUUCACCAUCACCAUGUACCUCUCACCACUGGCUGACCUGGCCAAGGUUGUCCGGAGCAAGUCGACGCGGUGCUUGUCGUUCCCCUUGACCGUGACCACCUUCGUGGCCUCCAGCAGCUGGACACUCUAUGGCCUGCAGAUGCAUGACCCCUACAUCACGGUCCCCAACGUGCCGGGAGUCGUCACCAGCCUCGUGCGGUUCUGGCUGUUCCGGUGGUACCGGCCAGGGCAGGACAAGUCUUACAGCCCCCUGCCUGCCUGAGGGGCCCCCCGAGGAGCCCCCCAGCUCCAGCCUGGGCUGGCCCUGCCACCACAGCCCUGGGUGCCACCACUGUCCCCUCCCAAAGGGACACCAGGAGGCACCUCCUGCCUCGGUGCAACCCAGCCCCGCAUCCUUCAGCGAUGCCUUCGGGGUGCCAGGAGCACCCCCAAAUCCCAGGGUGGGAAGAUGGUCUUCCAUGCCCACAGCUCUGCCUGGUGCUGGGCUGGGGCUGCCAGGGGCCUGGGCAUCUUUUUUUUUUUAAGGAUUCAAGUGCCUUUUAAUAAAUCAGAGACUUCCCAGUGCCUGGUCCUUGUCCCUCCCC